AUGGCUUCCAAAAAGCUCACCAGCGCUGCUCAAAAGGCCAAGCCCGCCGAGGCCGCCGCUACCAAAAAGACACAGGCCAAGCCCGCCAAACGAGCGCCCGCUGCGAAGCAAACCACCAAACCAGUGGUCAAUGGGAAAACACACCAUGAGCCAGAGCCCAAAACAACCAAGCGAAAGCGCGUCGCUGAUGAAGAUGAGGACGAUGCUUCGCGUCGCACCAAGACCACAAAGACAGAAGCUCCCGCCGAACGAAAACAGGCCAAGCCCGUUGCCAAGAAGCCCGUGGCUAAGAAAUCCGCCGUUGCAGAGCCCGUUGCUCUCAACAAAGCUCCCACCGACCUAAUUGCCGUCUAUUCCUUUGGCAGCGGUGAAUGUGGUGAGCUUGGCCUCGGUCCCAAGCGCACCGCUGCUCUUGUGCCCAAGUUCAACCCGGCUCUCGACCCCAAUGAAGCUUCCAAACAUCAUAUCGUUCAGCUUGCUUGCGGUGGUAUGCAUACCAUUGCUCUUACUGCUGAUAACAAGAUCCUGACUUGGGGUGUCAAUGAUGAAGGAGCUUUGGGGCGAGAUACCACUUGGGAGGGUGGGCUCAAGGACAUGGACGCCUCGUCAGACAGCGAAGAUGAGGACGGCGAACUGAACCCGUACGAGUGUACGCCUACUGAAGUUCCUUCCAAGCACUUCCCCAAGGGUACCCUCUUCACACAGGUGGCUGCCGGCGAUAGCUGCAGCUUUGUGCUGACUGAAAAUGGAACCGUCUACGGCUGGGGAUCAUUCCGAGACAACAAAGGAGAUAGACGAUUCACAAAGAACGACGCCGGCAAGAUUGUCGAGAUUCAGCAGACCCCCAUCCUGAUUCCCGAACUCGAAAACGUCACACAGAUUGCUUGUGGAGCGAAUCACGCCCUGGCGCUUGACAAGUCUGGUCAAGUCUGGGGAUGGGGCUCGUACGAACAGAACCAGCUUGGCCGACAGCCAUUCGGUCGAUACCAGCAGGAGACUCUUCUGCCUCGUCAAGUCCGAGUCUGCACCCGCCCAAUCAAGUACAUUGCCUCGGGCGAGUACCACUCCUUCGCUGUCGACCGCAAAGACAACGUCUGGGCCUGGGGUUUGAACAGCUUUGGAGAAGCUGGAUACGCCAAGGAGGCUGGUGGCGACGAAGCUAUUCUUCCGUAUCCCAUGAAGAUCCGCGACCUCUGCGGCAAGGGCGUCACCACAAUCGCUGGCGGCACUCAUCACUCCGGAGCUGUCACCGAGGACGGCAAGGUAUACAUGUGGGGACGUCUCGACGGUGGCCAGUUGGGCAUCGAAUUCACACAGAGCCAGCUCGAUGACGAGGACCUCGUCCGACGGGACGAGUACAACAAGCCUCGUAUCUGCUUACGGCCUACUGCUGUCCCUGAAAUUGGCAACGUCGUUCACGUUGCCUGCGGAACAGACCACACCAUCUUCAUCAACAAAGACGGCGUAGGCUAUGCCACUGGUUUUGGAUCUGUCGGCCAGCUGGGUCUAGGCACGGAGGAUGAUGCUAAUACUGCCCAGCGUAUCAGGGGCAAGGACAUCAGGGGCAGAACGCUCGUGGGCGCUGCUGCCGGUGGACAAUUCUCCGUCGUCACCAGCACGUCCGCGCUGCCCAAGACGGAGUAA